UCCACCGCCACGGAGCCGCCCCCCGCCGGCGGCCGGUGCGGCGCGGCGCGGCUCGGCUGGGCUCGGCGCCGUGCGGGCGGGGGGCUGCGGCCAUGGGGGAGCGCGCAGACGAGGCGCCGCUGCUGUUCUGGGCCGAGGGCCCCGCCGUGUCCGCGCCGCCACCCGCGGCCGAGGCGGGCGGCAGCAGCGGCGGGCGGCGGCUCGGCGGCGGCUGGAGCGCGGCUCCGUGGGGCGGCGAGGGGCCGGAGGAGGAGGCGGCGGCGCCGCCGCGGGCGGAGGCGGAGGAGGACCAGAUCGUGGCCGUGUUCGUGGUCACCUUCGACCCCCGCACGGGCAACAUGGUGGAGUGGUGUUUACCCCAAGAUAUUGAUUUGGAAGGUGUGGAAUUCAAAUCGAUGGCAAGCGGGUCCCACAAAAUCCAGUCGGAUUUCAUUUAUUUCCGGAAAGGGCUCUGUUUUGGCCUGGCCUGCUUUGCCAACAUGCCUGUAGAGAGUGAGUUAGAGCGUGGUGCCCGCAUGAAGUCCGUGGGGAUUCUGUCCCCUUCCUACACCCUGCUGUAUAGGUACAUGCACUUCCUGGAGAACCAGGUCAGACACCAGUUGGAGAUGCCAGGGCACUACUCCCAUCUAGAGGCAUUCUAUGAUGACAAGAAAGGAGUUCUCCCUGGUAGCAAGGGCACCUCCAACUCUCAGCAACCUGUCCACUGGCUGCCAUCCAUCCACAGAUAUAUGUACCCAGAGAUGAAGAUCACACACCCUGCUGGCUGUAUGUCUCAGUUCAUCAAAUUCUUCGGUGAGCAGAUCCUUGUCCUCUGGAAGUUUGCCCUGCUGCGCAAGCGCAUAUUGAUAUUUUCACCACCCCCAGUUGGAGUUGUCUGCUAUAGAGUCUACUGCUGCUGUUGCCUUGCCAAUGUUUCUCUGCCUGGUCUUGGAGGAACUGUCCCAGAGUCCAAACCAUUCUUCUAUGUGAAUGUGGCAGACAUAGAAAUGCUGGAGACAGAAGUAUCCUAUGUGGCCUGCACAACAGAAAAGAUCUUUGAGGAGAAACGGGAUCUCUAUGAUGUCUAUGUGGACAACCAGAAUGUGAAGACGCAUCAUGAGCAUCUGCAACCACUCCUGAAAAUUAAUAAUGCUGACAAGGAGAAGUACAGGCGGCUCAAUGACCAGAGGCAGAUGUUAAUGUAUUCUCAGGAAGUGGGUGAUGAUUGUAACUCCUGUGAAGAGGACCUUUUCAUCUUGUUUUUCAUGGAACAGAACAACCGCAUAUUUCAGACACUGAUGGAGGUGUCGGCCAGCCAGGACAAGACACUGACAGCUGACCACGCACGAGGCAUGGGCCUGGAUCCCCAAGGAGAUCGAAGUUUCCUUUUGGACCUGCUGGAAGUAUAUGGCAUUGAUGUUAUGCUAGUCAUUGACAACCCCUGCUGCACUUAAACCAAGGGCAAGAGAUGGGGAGCAAAGAUCACUUUUUAAAGACUACCAGACAUUGCUUAGGAGGAUCACUGGAACUCACCACAGCCACAGUUACUAAAUAAUGUUAAAGGGAGAGUAUUUAUAAUUUUAAAACAAAAUGCGAUUUUCUCUCCCUCCCAAUGAGUACUUGCUCCAGGUUCCUUUUUGUUUGGUCAGUUGGUUUUGUUUUCCUUUCUCUUUCAUCUGUGGUUUUUUUUGUUUUGUUUAGAUAGGACCAGUGGCACAUUUGCAGCAAUCGUUGCUGUUGCCAGUGAUAGCUAGGUUUUGGCCUAGCCUGGAUACCUGAGGGCUUAAGGCUUCAGGAAAGCACUUUGUCUGAUAGGGACCAAUGUGAAAUGCUGUAACUGAGCUCUCAAGACUUGACUGGAAAACCCUCCUAUCAUCCGCUUUUCCACCUGGGGACUGAAGAGAGCUUCAGCACAACUCAGUCUCACAAAACAUCUGUCCUACCAUGUUUAUUGGUGGGGACAGUUAAGCCAAUGAUAAAAAACUAGGACUCCUUUAAGCACUCCUCACCCAGCUUCUAGCAGCUGAGUUGGAAUAAAGCCACCCUUCCUCAUCAGUGGCAGAAGCAAGUUUGGAAUAAGGGGGUGCUACAGGACCUUAUGACUUUGCUUGCCAGAGUGGCACGGUUUCACUUCCAGCAUUUGAGGUGGUAUAAACUGGCAAAGACCACACCUACCCAUCUCAGAGCUGGAGAAGAGCACCAUCUCUACAUGAUCCCUCCUACCACUUCCUCUGGUCUUCAGUUGCAUCACACCUGCUGCUUCGGUUUAAAACCUUCAAACCAGCAAGAUGGUCUCCCGUUUAACAGGGACCAACAUCACUGAGCCACCUUGCAGUCAGUAUGUUCUCCAGCCUCAGUUCGGAGGGUGCUAGGCCAGAUUGGGUUGACCAAGUAUGCUUUAACUAAUGUCACCUUCCUUUUUAGCAGAUGGUACUUGUCACUCCUUUGCUUUAACAUUGUCUGCUGAUCCUCUUUUUGUCGAGCAACCUUCAGCACUGCCUGCAGCUGUCCCUGGCUUUCAGUGUGAGGCAGAAUGGCUUCGCAGUUUGCAGGAGGUUCCCUUUGAGUUUGGUGUUCUUAACUAGCACAGCUGCUAGAAGCAAUGUCUAACAGCAAGCCUUUUUUUUUCCUGGGUAGCGAAGCUGUAGAACCAGAUGAACAGUGUUUUCUUCUUCUGCUGUGGAAAGAGUAGGAUUCAGUUCAUGCAGGACCAGUGGUUACCUCCACGAAGGCUAUCCCAGUAAAGAGUAAGCCCUUUGCCGUGUGAAAUCCAAGAAUGGUACUGUGGGUUCUAGGUGUGACAUAUUGCUGUGCCCCAAAUCCUUUAGUCAGUAGUAGCAUCAGCUUUAAGCUAACUGUUCUUCCUGAACUAUGGCUAUAGCUAAUUAGCUGCUGCUUCUACCAUAAUAGAUUUCAGCAUCCUUGGAGGCUUUCAGUGGUUUGUAGGAAUGCAAACUAUAGCUGACGUAUCCAUUUAUCCUACCAUUUUGUAGGAUGAGACAGAGCCUCAAGCGUAAGUCUCACCUACUAAUUCUUUUUAAACCAGGUGGAGCAAGUGUUCCCCCAGUAGACCCUCUGUGGCUUGUCUCCCUAUGGAAGGAAGGAGGCUGGCAUGGCCUGUUUUUUCUUGAAGGCUAUCAGCAGCCAAGGGAUAGUUUUGCUUGCUGUGGAUUCAGAGGUUUUAGCGCGGAGUGGAAUCGGGGGCCUCACAAGGCUUAUUUGCACAGUUCCUUGGUAUGAGUUUCAGCAUAUUCUGUUCCUGUGAUCUGCCUGUCUCUGAGCAGUCACUCCGCUGCCAGCUUUUUUAGGGCUUCGGAUGUUUUUGGGUGCUACAGGAGAAAACGUGCUGCUGCUUGUAAUGCCAGUUGCUCACAACUGUAGUGUUAUCAGCCUUAGAAGGUUGGGGCGAAAAGGGAGAAAGAGUUAAAAACAGAGCUGAGUAUCAUUUAAUGCAAAGACCAGUCUCUUGUCCUUAAGAAAGGGCUUUGGUUCUAAAUUGGCAUCUCUAGUAUAAAAGUGAGCCACAGUCUCCAUGGUUUUUCCUAACCUCCACUUCAGUUGUAACAUGCUGUCUGCAGUGAAGAUCCCUGAGGAAGUGUAGCUGUCACUUCCUUCAGAUACAAAAAAAAGGAACUGAAACUAGUCUCUAGCAAUUCUUCCUCUCACUUUCUUGAAGGUUUGCUACAUAGUUGAGCUGUGGUCAGCUAUUAAUGACUUUCUAUUCUCUUUGAUGCCAGUCUUCUUUUGCUGACCUAACUAGAAACAAACCUUUGUCAUUGAAAUUUUACAGCCUCUGCAGCUGGAGGCUUUCUAACACCUUGCAUUAGAGCAUUCUGUUCACAAGCUGUCAGAACAUCAGAUCUACUAGACAGCACUGCUAAGAGCCUACUGACAGAACCUCCUGAAAUUACUAUUUGACAUUUAUUAAACUUCUGCUUUCCAGAAACUAGGUCUUCAGUUGCCAGCAGGAGUGCGGGUGCAGAAGCAUCAAACCAAGCAGGUUAUUGUAAAAGUAGCAUCCGUGCUACAUCCCUGCCGGAUGGUUACAGCCUGUUUUGUUCUUCCUUAUAAUACUGCUUCUCUACAGCCUCUCUUGGCAAGUGACCGCUACGAAAGUCAGGAAGUUGCCAGACAGAAAACAGAACAAGAUGAUUUCUCUCUCCUCAUCCUUCCUUGUUUGAUUCACUGCAGAACUUUCCACCUGCUCUCUCCUUUUCUAACAGACACUGCUAUUGGUGGUGUCACAUGUGGAAAAUCCUUGAUAAAUGGGUACACAAUACAAACAAAUGGCUACAGCUUGGGACAUGGUGGCUUGUUCAGCAGGCUGGUUUUGUUUGGAACCAAUUUAACUGAAUCUUAUCCUUCCAGGAGAUGACAUAAUUCAAGGUAAAACAGUUAAGUGGAGACAUUUAAAAUCCGCUCCUUGGCACUUAAUAGUUGCUUUUUUGAAUACUAGCAGCUGGAAGGGAGGUAGUUACUUAGUGUAUUUUGAAUUAAAAGAGGCAGAAGAGUGUGGCAUAAGGUAGGGUAUUGCUGAUUACCAUAAAAUCCUCUUCUCCAUACUUUGCCUUUACAGUGGUGCCUUUAGUUUCUGUGGUGUGAUGCCUCUGGUCAGUUGCUUGUGAUCAGAGCCCAGGCUGAAUGGUGGUUACAGUAAUCAGGUAUAUCCUGUGCCCUGGUAGACAGAAUCUGGAAUGUUCCUUUCUAACACCCAAGGCAUAGUAUAGCCAUUGCAGGUUCUCAGUUGGUACUCACUUGAGUUUAAACAGGAGAGCAAGAGCUUCAUAACUGUGUCUUAACUCAAGUUGCACUAGAAAUGUAUCAUAAGAAAUAAUGAAUUAUUACUACUUGUACUAUCUCAAUUGGAGCGUAAAGCGUGAGAGAAAUAAAAGCUAGAUUUUCAAUCUGAACAAGGGAUACCAUACCAGACACUGAAAUCAUGCAGAAGACCUCUCUGCAAGGUUAGGACAAGCUGCUUAGAGCCAAUUACAACUAAGAACUAUAAUAGAUACUAGGAGAAAGGCAUUUUACUGAAUUAAGAGUUUAGAUUUGGCUUAGAGACUUCUUUUCUAGCAUAUAUGAAGUAAUUAUUCCAAUGUAUGUUAGAGCCAAUGGUCAUGUCUGUCACAGGAGAUAAGUUCACCUAUCCAGCAUCCUUAAGGGCAGAAGAAAGUUCCAUCACCUUUUCAAGAGAAAGCUUAUUCUACAGCUUAUUCUGUAAAGCAGUUACUGUGAUACUGCUUCCAAUUUUAAAAACUGCCAAAGUUAACGGGCAAAAAGGUAGGAGUAGCUGUGGCCUUCCUGGGGACAGACUAUACAAGGGACAGGGCAUGCUUUGCCCCAAGAUGUGGAAAAGCAUCAGUUUCUGGAAUUGCAGAGCAAGAGCAUGCUGUCCUAAUGCAGAAGUCUAGGUACAAAGCAUGCACACCAACCAAAUUCUCUCAUCCUAGCUCUUACUUCAAAGUUAGUUGCUGUCUCCUUUCCACCCCUGCCAAAUCUAGUGGUCUAGUGAUUAUGUUAGAAGACAACAUAAAUGUCUUUUGCAAGGGACUGGGAUGUACUGACUUAACAGAAUGAUAUGUCUCUCUAAACCAGAGGGUAUUAAAUGCCUGUGGGCCAGGAUUUCAUGUCCUGGUUAAUGCAACAUGCCGUUCAAAUGGGAGUGUUUAAUUGUGGUUAAAAUAAACAGGUGCCUUGGGCUGUCCAUCCUUAA